GCCCCCCCCCACCCCCCCACACGCAAAGCUGAAAGCAUCCUCGCGGCAUCGCCCGCUCCCAGCAGCCGUCGUCCCAGGCCAUUGCCCAUCCUCACCGUCGCCCGGCCCACUCGCCACCAUAGUCCUAAAGAUAUCCUAAGCCCCGCAGACAAGCACCGUCUCCCACUUCCAGCAGCCGCCCUCUCACGUUCCAAGCCCUCGCAAAUUCGACGGAACAUAGACCAACGAUAGCCUUGGAGCAUGAGCAUAGGGGCUGCUGCCCCAAACCAGAUUUGGGUUUGAAGAUCUUGAUUGGAACUGAAGGCUGGCACCCUAGACCGGAUUUGGAUUUUUGAUUACAGUUUUGUGGUUGUUGAUUUAUAUAUUUUGAACUUUGUCUUUAAUUGUAGAUGCAACUUGGAAACUCUGACAGGAAAUAUAGGUAAAGGAAACCCAAGCAGAAGUUAUAUAAUAGGUAUGGCAGGCACGAUUGUUACUUUCCCCUUCAGCUCAGUCUAUGUAAACAGAGGCAGCAGGUAUAAAAAGUUAAAUGGACAAUCUCAUGCUAUUGGGGCGAUGAGGACAGAGAAACCCCUGGAAGAACUGUACAACGUGAAAGUGGAACGGAAAGUGUCACGAGAACGACUGGCAGAGCUCGGGGUCUCGCGAUGGUCGAUAUGGAAGACUGGCAAGUCCCAGUUGCCCUGGGAUUGGCAUGUCGACCAGUUGGUUUACAUUGAGGAAGGGGAGGUGAGGGUAGUGCCUGAAGGGAGCAGACGAUAUAUGAGCUUUGUGGCAGGAGACCUUGUUCGUUACCCAAAGUGGUUCGAGGCUGACCUCUACUUCAAUGGCCCUUACCAAGAGCGGUAUAGUUUCCGGGCGUAUGGGGAUGACUAGGACUCCCUGCAUGUUGGGUUUUGUCUAGUACUGUAUUUGGGUUCUACAUUUUCUUCCUCCUUAUUGAUCUCAGUUGUGCACUUGCAUGCAUUUAAAUAAUUAUAUUCUUCCAAAA